AUGAUACCGGAUACAGAGAACGUCUGUCAGACUUCCGAGGCUGCGGUCAGGAGCACGGACGUGUACCAGAAGAUUAAGAACGCACCGGAAGGGGAAGCGGCCUCGGUGACCGCCUGGAAGCGAUAUCAGCAACUGGUGGCGAUCGUCGAGUCCAGGGGCGGAAAGUUCAACCGGAAGUCGAUGAUCGAAGCAAUCUUUCGUGGAAACGAUCUCGUCUACGCGAGCCACUGAUGAUCUCUUUCACCAUUGAUCAAUCCUACCACGUUGAUCCACCUUUGCAAUCACUUCAUUUCUUUUUACCAAA